UGUGCCUCAAAGAAGCAUUUUCUCAAAUGUCACCAGAGCCUCUCGAGUUUAGAAAAAGUCUUAACAGGAAGAGGAAGUUCUUGAAUGCACUGCUCUAUAUUUGGCUUUUAUUUAGUCGUUCACUCAGUCUGCACCGAGACACCAUGGAGGUCAAAGCUUCCUGCAUCAUACUUUGGUUGAAUGUGAUACUGUUGAUUGGAGUUGUUAAGAACUGUUAUCCUCAGACGUUCGACACAGCUCAUCGAAUUGUUCCCUCCAAGCUGCAGCUUUUUGAAUAUGAGCCCAUCUCUUUUACAUGUGAUGGGUUGAAUUUCUUAGAUGGAUGGAGAGUGAGGAACAUGAAGGGACUCCUUCCAAAAUGUUCAAAUGACCCCGUGACAUUGACAGUAACCUGCACCAUUGACUGUGCCUAUGAAGCAGACAGUGGAGAGUACUGGUGUGAAGGAGGAGGAAGGAAAAGCAACACUGUCAACAUCACUGUUACAUCUGGUUUGGUGAUCCUUGAGAGUCCUGUCCUCCCAUUGACAAAGGGGGAUAAUUUGACACUGGGCUGCAAACCCAGGAUAAGUUCUGCAAACUUAACAGCUGAGUUCUAUAGAGAUGGCUUCCUUGUCACGAGGAGCAAUGCAGGACAGAUGACCAUUGGAGAUGUUAGCAAGUCUGAUGAAGGACUCUACACGUGUGAAAUUGCUCAUGCUGGAAUGUCACCAGGGAGCUGGUUGGCUGUCAGAGACCAUCAUGUGAUCAUGGAGAGUCCUACCGGUCCUGUGAUGGAGGGAGAAGCCGUGACUCUUCGUUGCAGAAAGGGGGAGACUUCUUCUCCUUCUUCUGACCACAGAGCUAAUUUCUAUAAAGACGGUCUCUUCAUCAGGAGCAGUUCUACAGGAGAGAUGAUCAUCCACAGUGUUUCCAAGACUGAUAGAGGACUCUACAAGUGCAGCAUAUAUGGAGCUGGAGAGUCACCUGAAAGCAUGCUGUCUGUCAAAGUGGGGGCACACAAGUAUGAUGGCUCAUAUAUAAAAACAUCCAGUAAAGGAAUGAAUGUUUCUGAACUUUACUACAUCCUGCUGUGGCUGUUUGUCAUCGUCAUACUGGUUCUGCAGCUGCUGUUGGUUGGACUACUUUGCAUGAAAAAACAGCUAGUCACAACAAUGAUGAAUGAUCCAAACAAAGACCUGCGAGCCGCUGCAAAACGACACAAUGCUGUUCUUGCUGCGCACAGCUUCAGCGUCUGUCUCGCGUCAAACCAAAGCGCAAAACCACAAACAGAAAUAGAAUCAGGAGUCUCCAGCUUCACAGUGACGGGACUCUUUACCUCAACUUUGUAAGAUCUGGAUUCCAAAUACAACGCCAUGCAGAAGGUGAGUGAUGGAGAAACUGCUCGGUGGAUUUAGGAUGAAACUAGUUACAGAGGCGUCCACAUGAAUUAUGCUUAUUGUUACUGUCAGUAUAUAUAUAUAACUAUUUGGUAGUAUGCAACAUGUCAA